AUGGUAAAACAAAAAUCGUAUGCAUAUAAUGACCGUGACAUGAAUCAAUAUAAAACACGUACACUUUACGGUGGACAAGCAAAUAAUUAUCAACAAAACCCAUCUGAAAAUAAUCAUGUUCCAGUAGCUAAAUCAAGUGGAUGCUGUUGUCGUUCAAAAAAAUCUAAUACCAUUUCUCCACGACCUACUGCUGUUGUACAAUCUCAACCACCGCCACUAACUGCUCAUGAAAAAGCUCAUAUGAGACUUGAUCCAACUGAUCCAUUUUAUCAUCGUCAUGGUCGAAUUAAUAAAAAUCAAAACCAAACAAAAAAUUCUUAUCAGCAAAAAAAGGGAAAAAACAAAACCCAUUCAACUGUACAAACAACAUACACAAGACAAUCAAAUAAAAAUUCUAAUCCUCCUGUACAAUCUACAGCACCACCAACAACAAAAAAACAAAGCUCUUGUUGUACCAUUCUUUAG